AUGUCAGCCACACUGGAUCUGAAAUCGAAGGAGGAGAAGGAUGCUGAGUUGGACAAGAGGAUCGAGGCUCUUCGGCGGAAGAAUGAGGCCCUCAUCCGGCGCUACCAGGAGAUUGAGGAGGACCGGAAAAAAGCUGAACUGGAGGGAGUAGCAGUGACAGCUCCCCGGAAGGGCCGCUCAGUGGAGAAGGAGAAUGUGGCAGUGGAAAUGGAGAAGAACCUGGGUCCCUCCCGGAGGUCUCCAGGGACCCCUCGGCCUCCAGGGGUCAGUAAGGGAGGCCGGAUCCCCCCUCAGCACGGAGGCCGGGCAGGCAUGGGCCGGACAUCCCGCAGCUGGGAAGACAGUCCCGGGGAGCAGCCUCGAGGAGGUGCUGGGGGCCGCGGCCGGAGGGGUCGGGGCAGGGGGUCUCCUCAUCUCUCUGGAGGUGGCGAUGCUUCGAAUGCCGACCGCAAAUCCAAGGAGUGGGAGGAGCGGCGGAAGCAGAACAUUGAGAAGAUGAACGAGGAGAUGGAGAAGAUUGCGGAGUAUGAGCGCAACCAGCGGGAAGGUGUGCUGGAGCCCAACCCGGUGCGGAACUUCCUGGACGAUCCCCGGCGACGCAGUGGGCCCCUAGAGGAGCCUGAGCGGGACCGCCGGGAAGGCAGCCGCCGGCAUGGGCGCAACUGGGGGGGCCCUGACUUUGAGCGGGUGCGCUAUGGCCUUGAGCAGGAGCGGCAGGGCCGCCGGGCCGGCCUGGGCAGCACCGGGGACAUGACGCUCUCCAUGACGGGCCGAGAGCGGUCCGAGUACCUGCGCUGGAAGCAGGAGCGGGAGAAGAUUGACCAGGAGCGUCUGCAGAGGCACCGCAAGCCCACCGGCCAGUGGCGGCGGGAGUGGGAUGCCGAGAAGACGGAUGGCAUGUUCAAGGAUGGCCCAGCUGUGGCUCUAGAACCAUCCCACCGCUAUGAUGACCAGGCUUGGGCCCGGCCCCCCAAGCCGCCCACUUUCAGGGAGUUCCUGUCCCAGCACAAAACUGAGGUCAGCCGCAGAAAGAAGAAGAGCAGCCGACCCCAGCCUAAGGCAGCCUCCCGUGCCUACAGUGACCACGAUGACCGCUGGGAGACGAAGGAGGCCGUGUCCGCAGCUCCUGAGCCCCCGCAACCUGCUCCCCCCAAGGAGGCGCCCACGCAGCUGCCUGAGACCCCGGCCCCUGCCCACCGGCCUCCUGAGGAUGAGGGCGAGGAGGGCGAGGGUGAGGAUGAGGGGGAGGACGGGGAGGAUGAGGAGUGGGAAGACGUGAGUGAGGAUGACGAGGAGAUAGAGGAAGAAGAGGAGGCUGAUGAGGAAGAAGAGCCAGCUGGAGAUCACCAACGCGAGGAGGCUGAGCCCAGCGGGAGCCCCAGCGGGAGCCCCACCAGGGAACACGGUGACAAAGAGCCCGCCAGGCCGGAAGAGCCCCUGCCGCUCCCCCAGGCCCCCGUCACGCCUUCCAGCCCCUUCUCGCCUCCUGGGGGCCAUCAGCCUGUUCCCAACUGGGGUGAAGAGAUGGAGCUGAAUUCUCCCCGGACUGCCCACCCAGCAGAUGCCGUCUCUCCGGGAGGUGACCAGCCAGCCCCUUCCUCCUUGGAGAGUGGGCCCAGCGCCCCAGGAACCCAGAAAGCUGAAGAGGAGGGGUCUGAGGCAGCUCCAGAGGCGGACCCCGAGGGCCAAGAGACGGCAGAGAUCGCCGACUUCCAGAGGGCCUCCCCGAAUUCCUGA